CUCUCUCUCUCUCCCUCUCUUCUCUCUGUCUCUCUCUCUCUCUGACUGUCUGUCACUACCAAGUCAGGACCUGACUCUCUUCACUUUCUCUGUUUACACAGUGACAUUCAUCAGCAAUCAGUGGCUUGUUGCAGCGGCAGGAGAGGCCAGGUCACACUGGACACAGGUGGACACAGGUGGACACAGGUGGACCCCCCCUACACACACACAGACACACCCACACCAAGCCAUGUUGCUCUGGUCAGUCUGGAGUGCAGUUUUACUUCUGACCUCAGUGGAGGCUGCAGAGGAGGACGAUGAUGUCAGAGCAGGCUGCAGCACUGCUGUUAAUGACCUGGUGUACAUCGUCGACGGCUCAUGGAGCGUCGGCUUUGCUGACUUUGACACGGCGAAGCAGUGGCUCAUCAACAUCACCAGCCAGUUUGACAUCAGCUCCCACUACACACAGGUGUGUGUGAUCCAGUACAGUGACACACCUCGUCUGGAGAUUCCACUUGGGAAACACCAGAGUGGAGCAGAGCUGAUCCAGGCCAUACAGAGCAUCACUUACCUGGGAGGAAACACACAGACGGGAAGGGCCAUCAAGUUCGCCGUGGACCACGUCUUCUCCUCGUCGCAGCGAGUCAGCCAAGUGAAGAACCGCAUCGCUGUGGUGGUCACUGACGGCAAAUCUCAGGACGACGUGGUGGAUGCCAGUAUGGAGGCUCGAGCUCAGGGCAUCACUGUAUUUGCUGUUGGAGUUGGAAGUGAGAUCACCACUUCAGAGCUGGUGUCCAUCGCUAAUAAACCCUCGUCCACCUACGUCCUGUAUGCUGAGGAUUACACCACCAUCGACCGCAUCCGCGACUCUAUGAAGCAGAAGCUCUGUGAAGAGUCCGUGUGUCCGACCAGAAUCCCGGUGGCGUCUCGUGAUGAGAAAGGCUUUGAGCUGAUGUUGGGUCUGAAGAUUCAAAUGAAGGCUCAGAAGAUCGCAGGCUCUCUGGUUUCUGAGACAGCGUAUGAUCUGACUGCGUCCACUGACAUCACUGAAAACACCAGGGAGAUUUUCCCAGAAGGCCUCCCUCCAUCCUAUGUUUUUGUAGCCACCCUGCGAUUAAAGGGCUCUUCUGCCAAACUGCCUUUUGACCUUUGGAGGGUGCUGUCAAAGGACGGCGAGAUCCAGGCUGCGGUGACACUCAAUGGGAAAGACAAAAGCGUCUCCUUCACCACCACUAAUAUACAUGCCAAAGAGCAAAGAGUUGACUUUAAAACUGGAUUUCAGAAACUGUACGAUGGAAAAUGGCAUCAGCUGAAACUCCUGGUGAGGCCUCACCAGGUCACCAGUUACCUUGACGAUCAAAUGACACAGGAAGUCAAGCUGGAACCAGUGGAGCCCAUUUAUGUCAAUGGGGAGACACAGGUGGCAAAGAAGAGAGGAGGUGAUAUCACUGUGCCUGUGGAGAUUCAGAAGCUGCGUCUGUACUGUGAUCCUCAUCAGAGUGAGAGAGAAACAGCCUGUGAGAUCUACUCUGUGGUAACAGCUCCACUGAUGAUGAAAGGGUGA